AUGAGGUGUGGAUCAGGGCCUUUGGUAGAGUGGCGUGAGGCGGGAUUUCAUGAGGAGGGGGAUACUCACGCCGGGGCGUGGGGGAGCUCCGCCGCGGCCCACAUCAACUCCAUCUCCGGGGGCGGCCAGCAGCAGCAGCCGCCGCCGCUCCUCUACUCCCAGCCCGGAGGGUUCACCGUCAACGGGAUGCUGAGCCCCGGCGGCCAGGGCCUCGUCCACCCGGGGCUGGUGCGCGGGGACACGCCGGACCUGGACCACGGCUCCCACCACCACCACCACCACCACAACCAGCACCACCACCAACACCACCAGCAGCAGCACGCGCACCAGCACGCGCUCCACGGCGCCCAGCACGGAGACCCGCACUCGGACGACGACACGCCGACGUCGGACGACCUGGAGCAGUUCGCCAAGCAGUUCAAGCAGCGGCGGAUCAAGCUCGGCUUCACGCAGGCGGACGUGGGCCUGGCGCUGGGCACCCUGUACGGCAACGUCUUCUCCCAGACCACCAUCUGCCGGUUCGAGGCGCUGCAGCUCAGCUUCAAGAACAUGUGCAAGCUGAAGCCGCUGCUGAACAAGUGGCUGGAGGAGGCCGACUCGUCCACGGGCAGCCCCACCAGCAUCGACAAGAUCGCGGCGCAGGGCCGCAAGCGCAAGAAGCGCACCUCCAUCGAGGUGAGCGUCAAGGGCGCCCUGGAGAGCCACUUCCUCAAGUGCCCCAAGCCCUCGGCGCAGGAGAUCGGCGGCCUGGCCGACAGCCUGCAGCUGGAGAAGGAGGUGGUGCGCGUGUGGUUCUGCAACCGGCGGCAGAAGGAGAAGCGCAUGACGCCGCCGGGAGUGGCGCAGACGCCGGAGGAGGCGUACUCUCAGGUCGGCAACGUGAGUGCAGACACGCCGCCCCCCCCUCUCCACGGACUGCAAACGAAUGUUCAGUGA